AGAAGAACAGAGUUCGAGUCCAGCGGCACCUUUAAGGCGAACGAAGUUGUAUUCACGGUGUAAGGUUUUGUGUGCAUGCGCGCUGCUUCAGAUGCAUUGAAAUGGAAGUUACCAGUCCAUAUGCGUAUAGGUUUAAGGAUCCUGUCUCAGGACACAAUGACUGCAGAUGGACGCAAUCGAUGCUUCCGGCAGUUCCGCUACUGUGAGGCUGAUGGACCCCGAGAGGUUUGCAGUCAGCUCCAUGGACUUUGCAGCCACUGGCUGGUGCCCGAGAGGCGCACCAAGAAGCAGAUCCUGGACCUGGUGAUUCUGGAGCAGUUCCUGGCCAUCCUGCCCCAGGAAAUGCAGUGCUGGGUGAGAGGAUGUGAGCCAGAGACCAGUUCGCAGGCGGUGGCCCUGGCUGAAGGCUUCCUCCUGAGUCAGGCUGAGGAGAAGAGGCAGGCAGAGCAGAUGUGGGGACCAGCUGUAAAGACAGAAGUGAAGUUCUCUGAGGCAGAAGGAGCUUCGUCAGAGGAAAGUCAGAGGACGCAGGCCCAGAAAUGUGCCCAAGGCAAUAAGGAGAUGUUAUCUAACCAUCAUCUUUGUAGCGGAGCGCAAAUGUCUGCUCCCCCUCUUGUCCAGUGUCCCUUUUCCUUUGAGGAGGUGGCCGUGUAUUUCACCAAAGCUGAGUGGGCCCUGCUGGAUCUUGGCCAAAAAACUCUCUAUAGGGAAGUCAUGCUGGAGAACUAUGGGCAUGUGGCCUCUCUGGCCAGGAAUGGAAGAGAGACUACAGUGAAGAGCAACGAAGACUUUGGUUCAAAAGAAUGGCUGAAGAGUUUCUCAGGAAGAUCUCAAGAGACUCUUUCUUUCCCACAUGAGCUGCCUGCUAGGGAUGAUCAGCGGAAUGAGGAAGAUGAGGAACUGCAUCCUCUAUCACCAGGUGAAAUCCAAAAUGAAGACGUGAGGGGAAAUUUCAGAAAUAAAGGAAGACCUAAAAGGCAGAAAGGAAGCCACGUGGUCAAGAAGAGGAGUAAACGCAUUCCUUGCCAAGGGGCAGAUUUCCAAGAUGUCAUUCACAUGGUGGAGGAAACAGGAAAGGGCUUGGAAUAUGGAAUGAACAUCUCAGAUGAAACCCAAUAUAACGUCAGUUUACAAAUGCACAGUGGAAAGAAGACCCAUCAAUGCCAGGAGGGUGGAAAGGUCAGGAUUCACAGAGCAGAGCUCUGUAGACAUCAAAGAAUACAUACAGGAGAGAAACUUUAUAGGUGCUCAGACUGUGGUAAGAACUUUUCAGAGAAAUCAGACCUUGUUCAGCACCAAAGAAUUCACUCAGGAGAGACACAAGUUAUCUGUUCAGAGACUGGGAUGGCAUUCUCUGAUGGAAGACAGUGUAAGGUACACUUCCCAAAGCUCAGUAUAAUGAAGGCGCAUAAAUGUUUUCAGUGUGGAAAGUACUUCAGAUAUAGAUCACAUCUCACUGUGCACCAAAAGAUCCACAGAGGAGAUCUGAACAAAGGCAGCCUUUGUUCCGAGCGUGGGAAGAGAUUCAGUCGGCGUGGCCAUUUUCAACAGCAUCAAAGAACCCACAUGGGAGAGAAGCCUUUUGAAUGCUCAGAGUGUAGGAAGAGAUUCAGUCACAGUUGUGUUCUUCAAAAUCAUCUAAGGAUCCACUCAGGGGAGAAGCCUUUUCUAUGCUCAGAGUGUGGGAAGCGAUUCAGUCGGAGUGGCCAUCUUCAACAGCAUCAAAGAACACACACAGGGGAGAAGCCUUUUCUAUGCUCAGAGUGUGGGAAGAGAUUUAGUCGGAGUGGCCAUCUUCAACAGCAUCAAAGAACCCACACAGGAGAGAAGCCUUUUGAAUGUUCAGAGUGUGGGAAGAGAUUUAGUCGGAGUGGCCAUCUUCAACAACAUCAAAAAACCCACAUAAAGGAGAAAUCUUUUGAAUGCUCAGAGUGUCAAAAGAGAUUCAGACACAGUUAUGGUCUUCAGAAUCAUCUAAGAACCCACACAGGAGAGAAUCCUUUUCCAUGCUCAGAGUGUGGGAAGAGAUUCAGGCACAGUAGCACUCUUCAACAGCAUCAACGAACCCACACAGGGGAGAAGCCCUUUGAAUGCUCAGAGUGUGGGAAAAGAUUCAGUCACAGUAACACUCUUCAACAGCAUCAAAGAACUCACACAGGGGAGAAGCCUUUUGAAUGCUCAGAAUGUGGGAAGACAUUCAGUCGGAAUGGCACUCUUCAACAGCAUCAGCAAAUCCACACAGGAGAGAAGUCUUUUGAAUGCUCAGAGUGUGGGAAGAGAUUCAGUCGGAGUGGCCAUUUUCAACAGCAUCAAAGAUUCCACACAGGGGAGAAGCCCUUUGAAUGCUCAGAAUGUGGAAAGAGAUUCAGUCACAGUGGCAAUCUUCAAAAACAUCUAAGAAUUCACACAGGGGAGAAGCCCUAUGAAUGCUCAGAGUGUGCAAAGAGGUUCAGUCAUAGUGGCAGUCUACAAAAACAUCUAAGAAUUCACACAGGGGAGAAGCCUUUUGAAUGCUUCGACUGCGGAAAGAGAUUCAGUCGGAGUGGUACUCUUCAACAGCAUCAAAGAACCCACACAGGGGAGAAACCCUUUGAAUGCUUAGAGUGUGGGAAGAGAUUCAGUCAGAGUGGUGCUCUUCAACAUCAUCUGAAAACCCACAUAAGGAGAAGCCAUGUAACUGCUUAGCCCAGUGCUGUUGAACUCGUUUAUUACAAGGGUCAUAUUGGUAAUAAAUUUCACUUUGUCAGCCUGGGCCAUGGGUGCCAUAAAAUGUAAUGCCAGGUACCAGAGAUAUAAACUUCAGGAAGGACACAGGCAAACCCAAUUAACAAUAUUAUUUUUAAUACAAAAUACAUGCUUUAAAUAA